CUGUCUUUCCUCCUUUUUAACUCUACGUGAUAAACUCUUUCCCCUCCGAAAUCUCAAAUAAAAAAAAAAAAUCCCAAUUUCCCCAUAGAAAUUUCACAUUUCUUAAAUAUUUAAUCAGAUAUUCUUUCCUUUUUUUUCAUUUAAAAAAAAUUGGGAAAUUGUAAUUAGUUUUUGAUUUGGGAUGGCGAUGUUGUUGGAAGAUAUUGUACAAUCGGUGGAGAUGUGGUUGAAGCUGAUAAAGAAACCCCAACCUUACGGUGACCCGAAUUUGGACCCGGUUUUAUUAGUUCCGGGUAUCGCCGGCUCGAUUUUGAAUGCCGUGGAUGAUCAGAACGGUAAAGAAGAACGGGUAUGGGUCCGGAUUCUCGGUGCCGAUUAUAAGUUCCGGACCAAGCUCUGGUCUCGUUUUGAUCCUUCUACUGGUAAAACUGAAUCUUUAGAUCCAAAUGCAACUAUUAGAGUCCCUGAAGAAAGAUAUGGCCUGGGCGCCAUUGAUGUAUUGGACCCUGAUAUGAUCGUCGGACGUGACUGUGUUUGUUAUUUUCACGAUAUGAUUGUUGAAAUGCUCAAAUGGGGUUUCCAAGAAGGGAAAACGCUCUUUGGGUUUGGUUAUGAUUUUCGCCAAAGUAACAGGUUGCAAGAAACAAUGGAUCGGCUGGCAGCAAAAUUAGAGUCGGUAUACGAAGCUUCAGGAGGGAAGAAGAUAAAUGUCAUAAGUCACUCGAUGGGCGGCCUUUUGGUAAAAUGUUUCAUGGGCCUUCACAGCGAUGUUUUUCAGAAAUACGUGAAGAAUUGGAUUGCAAUUGCUGCACCAUUCCGGGGUGCACCUGGAUAUAUUGCUUCUACCUUUUUAAACGGAAUGUCAUUUGUUGAUGGGUGGGAACAGAACUUUUUCAUUUCGAAAUGGAGCAUGCAUCAAUUGCUUAUUGAGUGCCCAUCGAUAUACGAGUUAAUGGCUUGUCCACAUUUCCAUUGGCAACAUAUUCCACUUCUUGAGAUAUGGAGGGAGAAAGAAGGUUGUGAUGGAUAUCCUCGAACUAUUCUAGAAUCUUAUCGUCCGGGAAAUUGCAUUGAUAUUUUCAAGGAAGCUCUUUCUGGCAACACGGUCGAUUAUAACGGAGAGAUGAUUCCAUUACCUUUUAAUUUGGAAAUCUUGAAAUGGGUUAAAGAGACUCAAAAGGUGUUGUCUCACGCUAAGGUUCCUUCCGGAGUUAAAUUCUACAAUAUAUACGGGAUCAAUCUUGAGACACCACACAGCGUUUGCUACGGAAGUGAGGAGGCACCGGUCACGAAUAUACAGGACUUACGGUUUUUUCAGCCCAAAUAUAUAUGCGUUGAUGGUGAUGGAACAGUUCCGGCUGAAUCAGCUAAGGCAGAUGGACUCCAUGCAGAAGCAAGGGUUGCAGUCCCCGGUGAGCACCGGGGAAUUCUUUGUGAACCUCACGUCUUCCGAAUCCUCAAGCACUGGUUGAGGGCUGGUGAACCGGACCCUUUCUACAACCCAAUAAACGAUUUUGUUAUUUUACCGACAGCAUUCGAGAUGGAAAGUCACCAUGAGAAAGGCUUACAAGUUACUUCACUCAAAGAGGAAUGGGAGAUUGUCACCAAAGAUCAAGACGAUCUCGAUGACACAGUUAGUAGUAGAAAACCACUCGUCAGUUCGAUUUCUGUUUCACAAGGGGGAAGUAAUAAACACUCCUUGAGGUCCGAAGCUCAUGCAACCGUCAUUGUUCAUCCACAAAACGAGGGUAAGCAACAUGUCGAGCUAAAUGCCAUAAGUGUGUCCGUUGAUGCAUAGAGAUCAGACUCCAUGAAAGCGAAUUUCUCUGUAACUCUUGUAUAUAUAUUUAAGUGUUCAUGACCUUGAACAAUGAACAUGGUGUGUCCUUCAAUGGUGUAAAAUUGUUUAAAUGCGUUUGUAAUUGUAAGUAUCCAUGUUAUAUAAUUAUAAUGAUAAUAAUUUGCUUAAUA